CGCUGCCGCUGCCACUGCUGCUGCUGAGUGCUGCUCCUCCAGCUUGGUUUGGAAUCCCCACAUAAACAUUCCAUACUAGCAAAUUGAACACAACCUCCUCUCUCAAAAAAAAAACACCACCACAACCACCCAACCCUCACAUCACACCUCUCACCAUGAUCGUCCCCGUCCUCUCAAGGCAGGCUCUCCGCCAUGCCAGCGUCGCCCGUGUCGCCCUCCCCAGCCUCACAAGAUGGUACGCCUCGUACCCCCCUCACACCGUCGUCAAGAUGCCCGCCCUCUCGCCCACCAUGACCUCGGGCGGUAUUGGCGCAUGGCAGAAGAAGCCCGGUGACAAGAUCGAGCCCGGUGAGGUGCUCGUCGAGAUCGAGACCGACAAGGCCCAGAUGGACUUUGAGUUCCAGGAGGAGGGUGUCCUCGCCAAGAUCCUCAAGGACUCGGGCGAGAAGGACGUCGCCGUUGGCAAUCCCAUUGCCAUUCUCGUCGAGGAGGGUACCGACGUCAACGCCUUCAAGGACUUCACCCUCAAGGAUGCCGGCGGCGAGACCUCCCCCGCUGUCCCCAAGGAUGAGCCCAAGAACGAGAGCACCGCCAGCGCCCCGACCCCCGCUCCUACUCCCGCUCCCGAGCCUGAGAACACCAGCUUCACCGGCCGCUUCCAGACUGCCCUCGAGCGCGAGCCCAACGCUCUCCCCGCUGCCAAGAGACUCGCUCGCGAGAAGGGCAUCGACCUGCGCAACGUCAAGGGCUCCGGUCCCGGUGGCAAGAUCACCGAGGAGGAUGUCAAGAAGGCUCUUGCUAGCGCUCCCGCUGCUGGUGCCGCCGCCGCUGCCUACACUGAUGUCCCCAUCUCUGGCAUGCGCAAGACUAUUGCCGCCCGCUUGAAGGAGUCCGUCACGGAGAACCCCCACUUCUUCGUUUCCACCAACCUCUCCGUCAGCAAGCUCCUCAAGCUCCGCCAGGCGCUCAACAGCUCUGCUGAUGGCCGCUACAAGCUUUCCGUCAACGACUUCCUCAUCAAGGCCAUGGGUAUUGCUUCCAAGCGCGUCCCUACCGUCAACAGCUCGUGGCGCGACGGUGUCAUUCGCCAGUUCGAGACCGUCGACGUUUCCGUUGCCGUCGCCACCCCCAACGGCCUCAUCACCCCCAUCGUCAAGGGUGUCGAGGGCAAGGGUCUCGAGAGCAUCUCGGCCGCCGUCAAGGAGCUCGCCAAGAAGGCCCGCGACGGCAAGCUCAAGCCCGAGGAGUACCAGGGUGGCAGCAUCUCCAUCUCCAACAUGGGCAUGAACCCUGCCGUCCAGAGCUUCACCGCCAUCAUCAACCCUCCCCAGGCCGCUAUCCUUGCCGUUGGCGCCACCCAGAAGGUUGCCGUUCCUGUUGAGAACGAGGAUGGCACCACCGGUGUCGCUUGGGAUGAGCAGAUCAUUGUCACUGCCAGCUUCGACCACAAGGUUGUUGAUGGUGCUGUCGGUGCCGAGUGGAUCCGCGAGUUGAAGAAGGUCAUUGAGAACCCUCUCGAGCUCCUCCUUUAAGCGCGAAUAGCUCUUUGUUUUGGAUGACGUUCAGUGGAGUUAUACGGAUCGAGCGACUGCAAACUAGAUAGCAGUCCCUUGGCCCCAAGUUCACGGCAGGCCGGCGCAUGAGAUUUUAUAGAAAUGGGCAGGCAUUGGAAGGAUGGAAGGAUGGAUGGGAGGAAGAGAGGUGAUGGAAUGACAAUGUCAGUCAGUUGGUUGACAAAAAAGCGA